CGGACUCCUCGAGAUCGCGAGGAAAAAAAAACUUAAUAUAUAACUCUCUCUCUUUCUCCUAUUGGCUUCGUCUCCUUCGCCCACACGGCACGCCCGCCGCCGCCUCGUCGCCGGCGGAAGAGAAGGGCCAUGGGGAACGCGUCGUCGAUGCUGACCCAGUACGACAUCGAGGAGGUGCAGGAGCACUGCAGCUACCUCUUCUCGCAGCAGGAGAUCGUGUCGCUGUACGAGCGCUUCUGCCAGCUCGAUCGGAGCGCCAAGGGGUUCAUCUCCGAGGAUGAGUUCCUCUCCAUCCCGGAGUUCUCCCUCAACCCGCUCUCCAAGAGGUUGCUGCGUAUGGUUGAUGGGCUCAACUUCAAGGAUUUCGUUUCCUUUCUCUCUACCUUCAGUGCAAAGGCCAGCGUUCAGCAAAAGAUUGAGUUGAUAUUUAAGGUGUAUGACAUUGAUGGCAAGGGGAAGGUAACCUUCAAAGACCUGGUAGAGGUUUUGCGGGACCAAACAGGGUCAUUCAUGACAGAGGAACAAAGAGAGCAAGUAGUAACAAAGGUAUUGGAAGAAGCUGGAUACACAAGGGACUGCACGCUCUCCUUAGAAGAUUUUACCAGGAUUAUAGACCAUCCUGGCCUAAAGAUGGAGGUGGAAGUACCUAUUGAUUAGCGGACCGUGCAUCUCUCUUCUCAGCCAAUGACAAUGUCAACUGUGGUUUGGUUGCUGAACAUAAUUGUGGAUAAUCAACAGGACUUGCAACAGAAGAGCCUUGUGCUUUCUUCUGCAGUGUAGUUUUCUGUGACGAAUGUCUGAGCCUUUGCUUUGCUCAUCUCACCGUGAAUGUAAUGUGGUGAAUCUUCUCCCUUAUUAGAACAGAAACUCCUAAUUUUGCCCUUCUAUGGGAUGUGCAUCAUGCUGAAUUGCUGAUACUUGAGCGCAUAUGCUUGAUGUGCAUUAUGCAGUCCAGAUUAUUUCUGCGCAGCACAACUUACCAGAAUUUCUUGACAGAUCUUGAGAGAAAAGAUGAUCC